UUUCCGCAUGUCAAUAAAAGUCAAUUUCUCGAGUCAAGAAGAUGUUUGUCGAUCAUGUGAAUAGGUGCUGUACCGCUUUUACCACAUUUAGCCUACUCAAAGUGACUUUGUAGACUUUCGGUCACAUGAUGCCCAGCCUGAACAGUCACCACCAGCUGCCAGGUGCUGCCUCCUCUCAAGCAAACAAAACGCAUUUUAUAGAAGGGGUUCUUAUCUGAAAGCAAAGGAUCCUGAAAACUUGAAACAUGCUGAAGUUCAAGCAAAAGUUCGACCUGCACAGAGAAGUGGAGAGUGAUAUCCUCAGGAAGGAGGUGUCGGUCUGCAGGGUGAAAGAAUACUCUGGAGCAUUGGACAUUCGUAUCCUGAACAUUGAGAGAGAUGGGGGCAUCCUUUACUCCUGGAAGGGGGCAACGGGGACAACAAGGAUCGGGAAAUAUGACUCCAACACUAAACAGAACAAGCUCCUGUACACAUUUGACAAGCAAGUGAGUGUCAGCAGCUGUUCCCUGAACAAGGAGGAGACGCUCUUAGCUGUCAGUUUGGCACAAAACACCAGAGGAGAGGAGCGCCUCAGACCAAUAUCCAAGUGUCUGACUCUUCUGAUUGAGAUCCAUCCCAUCAACAACACUAAAGUCCUCAAGGCUGUAGACUGCAGGGUCAAAGUGCAGUUCCUCAAUUCAGAAACUGACCGGAGAUCAGUGCUGGAGAGCCACCUGCUGCUGCUGACCGAGGACGGAUAUGUGGACCUCUACCAUGUUCUGCUGACAAAACAGGAGGGAUACAGGGUGGUGAUGGCCAAUCCAGAUCAUUUGACCAAAACAGCAGAGCGGAUUGUGGAGGAUUUUAACUGGGUCCAGUGGGACGGACACACACAGAGACUCUACUAUCUCACUCAUAAUGUCAAGUUCCUCAUGCGAUGUGUUCAGUUUUACCCCAGCCAUAACUGUGAGACUGUGUUGGAGCUCCCAUUAGACCUGCCCGCUAAUCCUUUCCGCACAGUCAAGUUUGUGAAUCUGGGUUUUGACCAUUAUCACGUGGAGAAAGCAGAGCAGGAGCCUGUUAGGAUGGAAGUGUUCACAAAUAGAAUAGAAAGAAGCAUGUGUGUAUGCUACAGCCAACCAAUCAAAGAACAGGAGGUGAUCUACACUGUGCUUUUGGUGCACAAAGACUGCAGCAGAGCCUUCAGAGUAUCUCUGGGCAGUGACCAGUCACAGCAGAAAGCCACACAGUUCCAUCCACUCUUCAUUCCUAUAGGUUACUUCAUCCUGGUGUACCUGCAGGGUUAUUUCCUCCAUUGUAUCAACACCAGGCAGCAGGAGAUGCUCUGUCACUCCCUCUUUCUCUCAGGUCCUGAUGUCGAUUUGGGCCUGCAGUGUCAGUCAGCUAACAUCACAGUGUUGCAUGCAGAGGAAGAGUCUAACGGUAGUCUUUUGGACCUGGCUACUGGGAGGAUUCACUCUGCUGAGCUUAGCCCUGCAUACCUGCUGCAGAUACUGCGAGCAGACCCUCCUUCUAGGUGUCCCAGCGGCGAGAGCGAGCCACAGCGCCUGGCCGCCCUCCACUGCCUGCUGGUUUACAUGGGAAACAACCCAAACCUGGAGCUGAAGAUCAUCGAAUGGCUCUGUGACAAUGUGAACCCGUUCGAGUCCUUUGAUCAGAUCCAGGAGUUCAUUCUGGCCUCUUUGUACAGGAUAAGCUAUGAGAAGUCUCUCAGCCUGGAUAAAGUCCUGCCUUACUCCUCUGUGUGCGACAAGAAGGAGAUACCAGUGUGUCUAUCAAAGGUCCCUGGUGUGUCAUGUACCACCGAUUUACAUACUGAAUGUGUGUUCAAAGGGAAGGCCAGAAGUCUCCAGGGUUUCUGGUUAGAGCUGCAGUGGAACACAGAGAGGACAAAAUGUCUGGAUGCUGGUCCUAACCCCAGAUACAGAACGUCUCACAUACGAGGCGACUGGGACGAACUGAGGUCGGAGAGGAAACCAUCCAGCCACAUGACUCACAUGCAGGAGAACACAAAAAAAGUUCUAUCAACGGUGGACACCUGGUGUCUGGAUAAGAAGCUGGUGCCACUCUUCCAGGAGGAGGACCAACAACAGAGGGCGCUCAUAGGCCUGACGGUCGACAAGCUCCGCGAGCAUCUGAACAGACACCUGCCUCGACUGGGGAAAAAGAAGAUCGACUCGCUCGUUGUCAACUACGUCGCCAAACUGCUGGAGCUCAUCAGACACAUGCUGGAGUCAGUCUGGCUCAAGAGUAAACUCGGCCCGUGUGUUUUGUGCCUUUCCAGCACGCAGCAGGGUAGUCCGGCUGAGUGGUCUGUGUUUCACUUCAUGUUUCGGAUCUUGGAAGCCACGAGGGGUCUCUGCCUGCCCCUCCCACCUGGCUAUCACACCCUGUUAUCAGUGUUUGCGGUGCGUGUGCUUCCGCAUCACACCUUCCUACAGUACAUUGACCACGGUGUGCUGCAGCUCACUGAAACCUUCCUGUCUCGGCUCAUGACAGAUUUGGACAACAGCGAUGCCAACGAGAGACUGAAGUUCAGCGUACUUAAAAGGCUCCCUGAGCCUAUGGAGCAGAGGAUCUACCAUAUGUGGGACCAUCCUGUCAGUUCAGCUUCAAUCUCCAGAAAUUAUGUCAGGACUCUGCUGGAGAAGCACAGCAAAAACAAGGGAUUUGCAUUCACCGGCAGAGACAAGCCGGGCUUCAGACCCGAGUUUCUGCCUCUUACCUACCUGGCAAAGGUACUCUCUGAUAUAGAAGAACAAGCUCUCAACCCUUUUGAGGAGCAGGAGAACGUUGAUGCUCGGUUCGUGGAGGAGACGGCUCUGAAGCAAACAUUAAUACUGCUGGGCUAUGAGGAAAAAUAAAGGAUGUGGGUGGGGGGGGGAGUAGGAGGGCAGAGUGAGACGGCAGUGGAUGGAUGGAUUGAAGGGGAAACAGAUGAGGGGGAAAAUGUGUUUCAGAGAACAGUCAUCAUCGACUGACUGGGCCUUGAGGACAAGUAACGGAUGGGUGGAUGAUGGAGGGAUGGAGUGCGAGAAAUGAGAGAUGCGUGGAGAGAUUGAGAGGCAGAGCGCUUAUAAACAAGCUCUCACUGGCUGAUGACAAAUGAGGGUGGGGCAGAGGGGGAGAUGGAUGGAGACGCCCUGGAAGGAAAGAUGGAGGAGAGGAUGAAGAGCUUUUUUUCCCCCCCACUUUUAUUUUUUUAACACUGAGGAUGCUGGGACGUGAGAAGAACCGUUUUUUUCCCACACAAACAACAAUGUACAAAAGGAACCAAAACUUCGAGGACAAU